AUGCUCAAGCUAACUACCGCAAUUGCCAUUAUCAAUGGCCUCGCGUCUCUGAGCAACGCUCAAAAGACCGACAAGGAGACCCUGGUCCUUUGCGAUUGUGGCAUUGGUGACAACAAAGAUCAGCCAUCAUGGUCGACUUCUCGCCAGAUGAACUGGUACAAGUCUAUUCAGUGGCCAGAUUCAGUCAACAAGUAUCCGGGGGCACCCGAGAUGGCCGUUGAGGUUCCUUUUGGCAACGGCGUUUAUCCGUGGAACCCAUCUGGAGCUACCGAGACAAUGCCCAAUGGCGAUAUUUGGAGUGUCUAUGUCGAGGAACAGACUCCCGAGGGCUUCAAGGCCGGUAAUGCUGUCCAAAAGGAUGGCGAGACAUUGAAUUGCUGGUCUUACCACGGAAGACCCAUCAGUGCAGCCGUCAACAAAACUGCCAACCACGAUGCCAUCUGCUGGUCCGCCUUUGUUUGCAACAGUAAUAACUCCCCACCCGAUCGUCCCUCCGAUAUGACUCCUACUACAACCAGCCCUUCCACCACUGCCCCAAGCACUUCCGACUUUACCCAACAGCCCACUCCCACUGAAUCCUCCUCUAGCAAGCUACUCAGCGUUGAUGCUGCUCUGAGCCCACGAUUCAUCAACUGGCCCAACAACUGGGAUGCUUUUAUCAACAACUUUGUCUGGGAUCAAAUUACCGGAAACUGCGUUGGCAGCCCUUUCCGGGGCGAUGGUUGGACCAUGACUUUUGAGUGCUCUGGCAUCCAGAUUGAUUCAGACACACACAUGACCCUUCAGCUGAUCAAGGCACUGCGAGACGUUGGAAUGAACAGCUUCUGGUUCAACCAAAACCCCAUCAUCCCCGGCACCAACCUUUCAACAAACGGAACUCUUCAAGUACCGAGUUGGGUUGUCAUGCCUGAGUCGCUCAACCUCACUGCGACCGACGUUGCUGCUCAAAAAGUGCUUGGCCACUUGUCGUACACUACCAAGUACGAUACAUUCCUUGCCAACCCAUGCUCAUCUUGCGAUACCAACCGAUUCAACUCUGAGUUCUUUGACCCUAUUCUCGAGGCCAUGAAGGGCACGUUCCCGGAAUACAACAACUAUCAUGUCCAGGCCGUUUGCGACCCAUGGGUGGUUUGCUUCUAA